AUGAAGCGCCAGCAGCAGAGCGUCGAUGUGCAGAAGUUGGCCACGACGGCUGUUGACAAGUUUGUGAAGGGCGGAAAGUCGGAGACGAUCGGCCAGCUGAAGAUUACGAUCGACUUCAAGGAGGACAUGCAAGUGCGAGUGAACAGCACCGUCGUCGGUAUGGAGACGGCCGUGAAGCUUAGCGGCAACUGCCCGAACUUCACGGCCCAGGCGGCGGCGAUGAACAACCGCCGGCUGGCCACGGAGGCCCUCGUCCGCUACCGUAACCAACAGCAGUUAACGGCCGUCCGGGAGCAGCUCGCCACCGCCGUCCACAAGGUUAACCAGGCCGCCAAGAAGUCUCGGAAACUCUCGGCCUCCGGCUCCUCAUCAGCCUCCUCGCGUCGUCGU